AUGCCAAAUUUUGUCGAACUUAAUGUAUUUGGUAUUCCAAUUGCUCUUGGAAAAACAUUACUGAACGGUGGUAUUAAGGUUAAAAAUGUUAGUGACUCGGACGAAUGGCCAUGGCCAAUAAUGCAACGUCCAUUGAAACAAGGCGCCUCAAUUUCUUAUGACAGAUACAGUGGUGUCUACAUCAAAGGUGUAAAAUUAAGGGGAAGCGAAGUCCCUGAUGGUUCUUAUGGUAUAAAAAUUGGUAAAUCAAGUUGUAUUGGUAUCUAUGUUUCCACAGACGAUGCUGUUCGUAAAUCAAAGAAUGAAAUUGAUACAACAAUCAAUGUUAGUCGUGAACAGUUUAGCUCUAAAAUUGAUUCCAACAAAGUGAGAUGUAUUAUAUUGCAUAGUGAUGGAACCACUGAUAUUCAGUACAUAAGUUCUGGAAAUAUCAAUUCUGCUGGUUUUGGAGUUGUUCUGGGUUCUUCGUCUACUGGUUUAGGCAAUGAAUAUUUAGAAGUAAUUGAAAGUGGUGUUUCUGUGGAUGUUCCUACAUUAUUUUAA